AUGUCAACAGUAACUGGUAGCGUUCCAAUUGCUACCUCUUUGGCUAAUAACAACCCUGCCAAAAGAAAGAAGCAACAUCUUCAUAAGAGAUCUUUUGCAGUAAGUGGUGAUUUUGAUUUUUUAAUAACAGAGUUGAAUGCUCAGGGUACAGUAGAUAAAAACGACGUUAAACUGCCUCUUCCUCAUCCUAAAAUUAAAGAUUCAUCCACUUAUGGCUAUAACUCUGAUAUAAAUAGGACAGUUCCCAAUGGAAUUAUAGACCUAAAUGAAGCCUUAUUAGCAACACCACCUUCAAAAAAUAGGCACCCUUAUGUAAAUUAUUCCUCGAAGCCUAGGUCAUUUAAUUUUCAUAGAAGGUCAGAAAGUGCACCGGCAGGAUUAGAUUUAUUGGAUGGCUUUUUUGGAAGUUUUGAUGCAACAAAUGGAAAUUACUAUAACACUCAUUCAGAAACAUAUAAAAGUAAUAAAAAUAGUUUUGCAGGUUUACAUAAAGCUAAUAUUAAUGGCAAUAACACUAACAGUACUAUUAAGGAAGAGGACACAGAAGAAGAUACUUACGAUAAAAGUGCAAAUAACCAAUCGUUAUUAGCACCUAUAAAACCUAAAACACUGGAUGUUAAAAAGUUUUCCGAUACUAAUACCAGCUCACCCGCAAAUACUACCAAUAUUUCAUUAAAAAAGCAAAAAGAGAGAUAUUAUAAUAAAGUUAAAAAUUUACCAACCAUUUCUUCUUCAUCUACUACAACAUAUAAUCAGAAUAAAUCACAACUUUCUUUAUCUUCUUCCAGUGAUAACUCUGCCUCAAUAAGUCCCAAGAUUCUAUCAACUACUAAUAAUACCCCAAAUAGCAGUCAUUCAAGUAAUUCUUUUGCGACUAGUACCAUCACCAAUGCCACAACUAAAUCUAAUAGUAAUAAUAAUAAUAAUAAUAUUCACAAGCUUUAUUCUAAAUAUAAUACUAAUGCCAAAGCUUUAAGAAACAAUAAUAAUGUGUUUAAGUAUCAAUCGCAAAUGUACGAUAUUCCAGACAGCAAUAAUAUCAAGGUCCCUCUUUUGAGAUCUGCAAGAUCUAGUGAAGAUAUUUCUACACGUAAUAAUAACAAUAUUAAUAGUAGUGAAGAGGUAAAAGACAAGUUUUAUGAGGGAGAAGUAGUAUUAUUAUAUGGUCAACCUGGGGAUGUGGUAGAUUUGAGUACCACAACAAUCAAUACACCCACCAUAAAGAAUUUUGAAAGCAUAACGCCAGUUGUUUCUUCUUGCUCUACUGCUGCCAACAGUUGUAUAAGCAAUAUAACCGACGAUACUGACAAUAAUAAGAUAGACAUACCUGAGCAUAAAAAUAAGAGCGAUAAUAAAGGAAAAAAUAACAACACUGAGAUUAAAAGUAAAAGUAGUUUUUUUCUAAAUAAACCACCAAUGUUAAGAAGUAAUGAUAGCAGCUGUAAUGCUAGUACUAAUAGCAUUAGUAAUAGAAAUAGUAUAAUAAGCUUAAUAUCAAUUAAUAAUAAAAACAGAAAACAAAAGAAAAAGAAAAAGAAAAAGGUUAAUUGUAACAAUAAUAAUGAUAAUAGUAAUAAUGGACAUAGCCAUACUUCCUUUGCAUUGAUAGACAAUGAUAAUAAUAGAGCAACUCAGGAUAAUACUAAUAAGAAUAAGCCUAAAGGGAAAAGAAAUAGACUAAGUACGAUGUUAUCAAUAUUAUUUCACAAUAAUAAAUAA